UCUUAUAGGACAUCUGCUGCUGGUUAAGUUGUUUUAACGUAACAUUUUAACAGCACAGUUAGGAUCAGCUGUGUCUCCUGAACCAAACCUUGCUAUUUUGAUGAGUCAGACUGCUUCAGUUUAUGGGUGUGUGUGUUGGGGAAAGGUGGGGGGUAAAGGGGAACUUAGACUGAAACUGAACUCUCUUCUUUAUAACUAUUUAUUCCAGUGGUUACAGCUGGGAUUUAGGGAACACUUUAGGACUUGUUGUUUGAAAUCUUCAUAAUAUUUUGUGCCUCACACUACAAUGAUAUUUUUUUAAAUUGUUGAAAUACAUAUUUAUUUGAAUAUCAUGUUACCAAAGAAAAGAAUGUUUGGGCAAAAAAUACAUUAAAUUACAUUUAAAAUCUUUUUUAUCUAUAAAAGUGUAAAAGAGACUGAAUGUCCUUCAGUGUGCUAAAUAUUCAACCUGUGGGUGUGUGGGGUGUUGUGUCAAAUGUGAUAUCUGCAGCAACACCCUGCUCCCAGAACAAUAGCGUCUGAAAACUGUAGGUCAGAGGCCAGUAAGAUUACACAGCUUUUGGUUUGUCAUGGAUCAACUGUAUAAAAAGUGUUGAAGAAUUUUUUUUUUCUUAUCUAAUAAAUGUGUUAGUAAGGGUUUUUUUCGUUUUUGAUUUAUUAAAGCUAACGCCUGAGAAACAAACAGACAAUAUACAAUGCAGACAAUAUAAUUAUUUAUUUCCCGCCAUAUGUCCCUAGAGGGGCUCCGUAAUACUGAUGCUACUGUCAACUCAACACAUAUGUUUAAUAUGUUUAAACAUGACGCUGCAGUUAGACCAAGAUUUAAAAAGGAAAAUAGAAAACAAUAUGUAAGGAUAGAAAGACAAGGAAGGAAAGACGGAAAGUCCAAAGGUGAUACUAACGCAGUAUUUCAAUAGGAAGCAUCUCAAUGACAUACGUUUUAUUCUUAUUUAUGGUUUCUGGUACAACUAGUCUUCGAUGGACCACUUCAUCUCCUCCGGCAUAGACCGGUUUGACCCGCCAGACUCGGCCCACAGUCGCGCUUGUUGGGCAGGGUAUGGAGGCGUGAAAGGGGCGGGACAGUCGUCGUCAUGGAGGAGAACGGCGGUCAGUCACCCCGGCAGGAAUAUCCACAUCCGUUUGUCCACCAAGUGAAGCUGAACAGAGUGGAGAGAAUCAGGGGAAUCAUCUUGGGCAGCAUCCUCUUCCCUCUCCGCGUCACACUGACAACUUUACUUUUCCUCAUCACCUGGCCUUUGGCGCGACUAAGACUGGCUGGCCUGUCUCAGGAGGAGUGUUCCCGACCCGUCAGAGGGUGGCGCUACUGGCUCUUACACCCCAUAGUCUGGCUUCUUAGUAGAGCUGUAUUUUUUUCCCUGGGAUUCCUGUGGGUGAAGGUCAAAGGCCGCAGGGCUGACUUGAAGGAGGCGCCAGUGCUGGUUGUUGCACCUCACAGCAGCUUUCUGGACAUGUUAGUUCUUCUUCCAACACAGCACCCCACCGUGGUCUCCCGCUCAGAGAACAGCAACAUACCAGUCAUUGGAGCUUUGCUGGAGUAUAACCAGUCGGUGCUAGUGAGCAGGAAGGAUCCAGAGUCAAGGAAAAAGGCUGCCACACAGCUCAAUGAGAGGCUGACCUCCAAUGGCUACUGGCCACAGAUGCUGAUGUUUCCAGAGGGGACGACAACCAAUGGACAGGCUCUCAUCAAAUUCAAGCCUGGUGCCUUCCUCGCUGGAGUCCCAGUCCAACCUGUUCUGUUGCGUUACCCCAACAAACUGGAUACUGUUCGCUGGACGUACAAAGGAACAGCCUGGUACGAGGCUCUGUGGCACACGACGUCUCAGUUUUACACCAACACAACAGUAGAGUAUUUGCCAGUCUACAACCCUUCAGAGGAGGAGAAGAAAAACCCAGGUCUGUACGCAGACAACGUCCAGGCACUCAUGGCAAAGGCGCUGGGAGUCCCAGCUACUGAUUAUGUGAUGGAGGGAGGAGUUCCUGUCAGUAAACUGGGAGGACUCUCUCUCCCACUGGAGUCUCCUGCCAGGGCAACUCUGUCACUGCUGCAGAAAGCUGGUCUGCAGACACCAGACGUGGAAGCAACUCUGGAGCGAAUGAGUGACAGGUGCCAGUCUGAAGUUCAGGGGUCAAAGGUCUGUGCCGAGGAACUAGCAACUCUGCUCGGACUGAAGGACAGAGAGAUGGCAGUCGAGCUGUGUGCUCUCUAUUCCAAGGAUGAGAGUGUGAACAUCCGACAGUUGUAUCUGAGCAUCGCUGCAGUCUCAGGAUUUGUCAGCUUCAAGUCAAUGCUUCACUCUGCUUUCAGUAUGUUUGACAAGGAGAACAAAGGCAGCCUGGCGGCUGAAGAGCUGUCCGGCCUGAUGGGGGCGCUGCUUGGCUUUCCUCAGCACAGUACUGCUGAUCUCUACAAGGAGGCCUCGCCCUGCACUGAAAAUGAUCUGCUCAGAGUGCUGACAGACCAUCCCACCUAUCAGAGGCUGUGGAAUGAGUACCUGCAGCCGGAGACGUGGUCUCCCCUGCCCUACACCUCGUUGGCCAACGGCAAUACCCUAAAUAACAACGGAAAUUUGCACCACGGAAAUGUCCACAACAGAAGCGUGCACGACAGCAAUGGUUCCCUGCACCACAGCAAAAAGUUCCAUUGACUACUUUCCAUCAGAUACUUCUUUGUUCCAUGAC